AUGUCUACCUCUGAAACCUCCUCCACGACGUCGGCCGUGGUCGUCAGGUCAGGCCCUGCUGAGCCCGAGCUGAAGGGAUGGCUCUCCAAGUGGACCAACUACAUCAAGGGCUACCAGAAGCGGUGGUUCGUCCUCGCCAAUGGCGAGCUCAGCUACUAUCGAAACCCGAUGGAGUUUAGUCAGAACUGUCGCGGGGCCAUUCGCCUCGUCUCCGCCGUCAUUCACACCGAAGACAGCUGCAACUUUGUGGUGGCCAAUGGCGGCACGCAGACGUACCAUCUGCGGGCGGCGAACGAGAUGGAACGCCAGAAGUGGGUAACCUCGCUGGAGCUGGCCAAGGUGCGCGCCAUUCGGCAGAUGGACGCCGACGAGGAUGACUACUACGACCUGGCGGCGGACAAGAACGAGCUGCAGUCGAUUCUGAAGUCGCUGCAGGCGAAGCUGGAGAACCUGACCACCUGUGCAGACGUGGUGGCCAAGCACGGCAGUGCCCUUCAGCGGUCGCUCGCCGAGCUGGAGCAGAUCGACAACCCCGGUGAGGCGAUCUCGAAGAGCAAGGCGAUCAACGAGCGGGCCACGCUGUACCGCAUCACCUCCUCGGCGAUGACCAACGCCAGUCUGGAGUACAUGAACUGCGCCCAGUCGCACUGUAAGAAGCUGCAGAAGCUGCUGCACCACGAGCACGAGUCGCGCCUGAAGCUGGAGGACCUGGUGGAGCAGCUGGCGAAGCAGCACUCCCACCUGGAGCAGCGUGCCAUCAAACAGCAACAGGCGGGCAAUCCAGAGCAGAGCACUGCUGGCGGCGGAGGCAACACCGAGACCACCGAGGAAGACGAAUUCUACGAUGCAGAGGAGAACACGCUCGACUUUGUGGUCACCUUUCCGGGGAAGGCGCAUCGAAUUCACUCCUCAAACACGCCCACUGCUGCAGCUGUUUCCUCACUGGCGGUCAACUCGAGCUCGGAGAGCACGGCCACCGCCGAGGAGGCAGAUGGAGCCGCCACCACCGACGAUGGUGAUCAUGUAAAUAUUGCCGCUCUGAGCACAGCAAACGCGUCAGCGAACAACAACAAACAGCAAAACCAGCUGACCACUCUCACUGCCCUUCUCGCCAACGGCACAAUGAAGACCUCCUCCAUUCGACAGAGGCGGACGCGGAUUCCCUAUCGACCUUCGCACAGUCUCAACCUGUGGUCGAUCAUGAAGAACUGCAUCGGCAAGGAGUUGACCAAGAUUCCCAUGCCGGUCAACUUUAACGAGCCGCUGUCCAUGCUUCAGCGAAUGACUGAGGAGUUUGAGUACGCGGACAUUUUGCACAAGGCCGCUACCAUCGAGGACGCAUUUGAGCAGCUAGUGUACGUGGCCGCCUUCAGCGUCUCUUGUUACGCCACCACCUCCAAUCGAACGAGCAAACCCUUCAACCCACUUCUCGGGGAGACCUACGAAUGUGAUCGACGAGAUGACCUCGGAUGGAGGUGCAUCUCUGAACAGGUGAUGCAUCACCCGCCCAUGCUGGCGCAGCACUGCGAGGGUCGCGGCUGGGUUUGCUGGCGCGAGUUCGCCAUGACCAGCAAGUUCCGCGGCAAGUACCUCUCGGUGACGCCGAUCGACAUUACGCACCUCGAGUUCACCAACGGCAAUCACUACACCUGGAAGAAGGUGACCACCACGGUGCACAACAUUAUCGUCGGCAAGCUGUGGGUGGACAACCACGGAGAGAUGCAGAUUCAGAAUCAAAAGACGGGCGACACCUGUCACCUCAACUUUCAGCCGUACAGCUACUUUUCCCGUGAUGUGCCUCGCAAGGUCACCGGUGCAGUGGUGAACAAGAACGACGAGAUCAAGUGGGUGCUGCAGGGCACCUGGGACAACAAGAUGGAGGCCGCCAAAGUGAUCAAUUCCAGCCCGAAGCUGAGCAAGGGCUCGAAGCCAAUGGUGGAGACGGGCACGCUGAAGAAGAUCUGGCAACGGGUGCUGCCGCCGGCCGAGUACGAGAAGAUGUACAACAUGACGGUGCUGGCGGUGCAGCUGAACGAACCGGAGGAGGGCGUGGCGCCCACUGACAGCCGCCUUCGACCCGACCAGCGGCUGAUGGAGGAGGCAAAGUGGGACGAGGCGAAUGAUGCGAAGGGACGACUGGAGGACAAGCAGCGAGUGGCUCGCCGGCUGCGCGAGGAGGAGGCGGAGAGGGCGGCGGCCGAGGGACGGGGCUACCAGCCGUACGAGCCAGUGUGGUUUAAGCAGGGCAAGGACCCGGUGACGGGCAACCCAGUGCACACCUUCACCGACCAGUACUGGGCGUGCAAGGAGAAGGGCGACUGGUCACGCUGUCCCGAUAUUUAUUUUUAA